CCCCGAGCGGCUGCGCCCACGUAGCGGCCCCGGCCCGGCCUCCCCCGCGGCCCCUUCCCGCUGCGUCAUAGCGCCGCGACGCAGAGAGGGCCCGGCCGCCGCCAUGGUGCAGCUCGGUGGCUGCCUCCUGAAGGGCUACCGCGGCGGGCACGUCGUGAUCCGCUUCGCCCUCGGCGGAUGCACCAACCGGCCCUUCUUCCGCAUCGUGGCCGCGCACAGCAGGCGCGCCCGCGACGGGAAGUACCUGGAGCAGCUCGGCUGCCUCGACCCGCUGCCCAACGCCCACGGCGAGAGGGUGGCGGGGCUGAACCUGGAGCGGCUGCGCCACUGGCUGGGCUGCGGCGCACAGCUCUCCCGGCCCGCUGAGAAGCUGCUGGGUCUGGCGGGGUUCCUGCCGCUUCACCCCAUGACGGUGACCGGCGCCGAGAGGCUGAGGCGACGGCGGCGGGCGCAGGAGGCCGUCGCGCCCCCGGCGGACGGCUCGGCCGGGCCCGGCGACGCGCCCUGAGAGGCCGUGGCCGAGGGGUUGCCGGCCAACCAUGACAGCGGGCCCUACCCCCAUCAGCGCACCGGACCGCAUUAAAGCGUCCUUUGUACACUCUA